UUUCGGGGACCGGAAAAACAUGCGUUCAUUCAAGAUUACCAAACAGUUAAAGCUCUAAACAUGGGCAUAUGUAUGCUUGUUUUAACUUUGAGAUGCCUGUUUUGACUUGAGAUGCAUUGAUAAUCAUUAGCUUGUUUAAUGCUCGUUUGAUUGAUUAAGAUAUCAUUUGUAGUCUAGAAGAAGGGCAUACGUAAUAUUGCAUGUGGUGGAACCCUGUCUGCCCUUGGCAACGACGAUGUUUUGGUCCAUAGCAGGUCGGUGUGUUGGAAGGGAGUUCAUAACAGCAUGCCAAAAGACAAUCUCACUUUCAAUUGUAAAUUCAAGUCUUCCGACUACGUUCAGAACCCUAUCCACCACUCCAUGUACGUUUAGCGACAGCACCGGUGAACGGGAAAGGCAGGUCCUGGGGAAAUGGGAUUUUGUCGUAGACCCAUACUGUACGGUGCUCUCCCGUUUGGGUUGCAGUGUCGCAGUGAGAUCGCUGGAUCCACAUGACUUUCCUCAAGCGAAUCAAGCCUUUAUUGUAGUUUACGGAUCCAGCAUCGAGCAAUGUGUGAAGCUUGAUCUGUUUAAGGUGCACUACGAUAGUCAAAAUAAAGAAUUAUCCAUCCUGGCCGACCGGGUCACCAGCAGCGAUAUCACCGUGGAGUUGACAACGUCUGUCAAAAGUAAUCUCAAUAUCGUCACUCACGGAGGAGGCGCUGUCCACAUUCAAAACAUGGAGUGUGACGUAUGUAAGGUACAGACGGGGCAAGGGAGCUGCACUCUACAGUCGGUCAAGGGUCAUGAGGUCGAAGUGCAUUCAGAUGGAGGGCAUGUUACUGGUAUCGGCACUAUCCAUGGCAACGUAAACAUCAGAACAUCUGGAGACGGCGCGGUGGAUGUGAAGAAGCUCCAGGGAACGGUGAUGCACGUGUCCACAGAACGCGGUCCUCUGAAAGUCAAAGCCAUCUACGCAGAGUCCACAUCUGUCUCGUCCUCCUCUGGGACAGUGGAACUGGGACAUGUACACGGCGAAGCGACCGUGAAGAGUGUUUCUGGGGACGUGAUCAUAAAUGGUUCAAGUGGUUCCCUGGAUGUGUGGUCCGACAGCGGGAACAUUGAUGCGUACGUUGGGGAGAGUGGCAGUGCUAAAGUCUUCAGCCAAUCAGGGUCCGUAUGUGUCCGUGUCCCCUCCUCUCUGAGAGCGCGGGCGGACCUUGUUGGAGCCUCAGUGGAGGUCAGCCCAGAGGUCACUUUGCAGGAGGCCAGCCGCAGGGUCAGCAGGGGUCAAACCCAGGUGACAGGGUAUGUGAACGGUAACCCCGGGACGGAGCAGAGCAUUACAGCUGAAGCAGGACAAGGUGUGGUCACCCUGAAGACACAGAGUUGGUUCCAGUCCCUCCGGCUGCAGGGCAGCUAAGGCAAGAGCCUCGUAAGGGGACUGCCCCACAGCCAAGAGGACCUCUAUUUAUAUGCAGUCUGGCAGCAGACACAACUCAAUCAUCAGCAUCCUGGUCAUUGAUUGGUCCAUUGCUGAGGUAUUUAAUAAACCUGGGCUGGAGUUGGGAGUCAUUGGCGAAGUCCGAGUGCAGAGUUGUGACGUCAGUUUAUGAACAUUGGUUUACAAUGAUGGACUUGACAGAAUUUGUGUGUUUGUGUGUGAGGAAAGGAUAGUCAAGAAAUGACUUAAGAAUGUAUUGUAAUGUGUAACUAUUGUAAUAAUAAAGAAUAAACAUACUGUCACUGAAA